ACACCACUGCCUUCCCUGUCCUGCCCCGGUGUGGGUCACGUUCUGCUCUAAUUUUAUUUAAGUACAUGAGCAAGAGGACUGCACUCAACAGACACCUUUGGUCUCAGUCUGCGAACAAGCUCCUACUCAGACACUGCGCUGACAGGGGACUCAGAGAGGAGAUUUUAAUCAACAUGGCUGAGCGCUGCGACUGCACUGACUGUAAGGAGUCCUUAUACGGGAAGAAAUACAUCCUGCAGGAGGAUGAUCCAUACUGCAUUAAGUGUUAUGAGGCACUUUUCUCCUACAAUUGUGAAGGGUGCCAGAAGCUCAUUGGCUGCACCAGCAAGGAUCUUUCGUACAAGGAACGCCACUGGCACAGCGAAUGCUUCCUCUGCAUCCAGUGCAGCCAAUCGCUGGUGGAGCAGCCGUUUGCCACCAGCGAUGACAAGCUGAUGUGCACCGAGUGCUACAGCAGCAUUUACUCUGCCAAGUGCAAUCAGUGCCUGAAGACCAUUAAACCAGGCUCCAAAAAAAUGGAGCACAAGGGCAACAGUUGGCAUGAGAACUGUUUCACCUGCAACCGCUGCCAGCAGCCCAUUGGCACCAGGACCUUCGUCCAGAAGGAGGCGAGCAACUACUGCCUGCCCUGCUACGAGAAGCUGUAUGCUCUGCAAUGCGUCCACUGCAAGAAGCCCAUCACCAAUGGAGGAGUGAACUACCGCGACCAGCCCUGGCACAAGGAGUGCUUCGUUUGCAUCGGCUGCAAGCAGCAGCUGGCCGGCCAGCGGUUCACCUCUCGGGACGAUUUCACCUACUGCCUUGACUGCUUCUGCAACCUGUUUGCCAAGAAAUGUGCUUUCUGCACCAACCCCAUCAGCGGUCUCGGGGGAAGCAAGUACAUCUCCUUUGAGCAGCGCCAGUGGCACACCAACUGCUUCAACUGCCAAAGGUGCACCGAGUCUCUUGUCGGCCGUGGUUUCCUGACGAGCAAAGACGACAUCCUCUGCCCCAACUGCGGCAAAGACCUCUGAGUGAUCUCUGAAGCCAGAAAAGAGCCUGUCCAAGAUGGCUGCCAAAGAAAGAGAAUUAGUAUUAUUCUCCUAACCCAACCUUUGUUGCAUUAUUUUGCCUUUAUUGGUUUCUUGCACAUUAACCUGCUGCUGCUAAGGUGUCUUCUGCAUGCGCUGAUGAUCCUGUAUGUUAUAUUAAUCAGUUGAAGUCUUCUUUCCAAAAUGCGUUUUUUUCUGUUUUAUUAGUGUCUUAGAAACAUUUAUCUUUCAUAAAGUUAGUAAGUUACUUUCAUAUCAGGAAUCCUUCAAACAAAUUUCAUAUCCCCUUUUGGAAUGAAAGUCUGUGUGGCAUAAUAGUAAUUGCCAAUAUUGAUAGAUAUUUAGAGCUUUUUAAGAGCUUCUACAGUUGUUUUAAUUGAUAACACUUUAGUGGCAAUUAAUCUUAGUAAAGUGAAUUCACUAAAACAAUGUGUUCUAAUUAUAUGGAUUCCUUUAAAUGAAAUAUAAAUCUGUUAAGCACAAUAAAGAUGUUUUGACUUGAUGGACA